GUGGACUUGUGCAUCCCAUUACACUGUGGACUUGUGCUUUCCAUUACACUGUGGACUUGUGCAUCCCAUUACACUGUGGACUUGUGCAUCCCAUUACACUGUGGACUUGUACUUCCCAUUUCACUGUGGACUUGUAUGUCCCAUUACACUGUGGACUUGUGCAUCCCAUUACACUUUGGACUUGUACUUCCCAUUACACUGUGGACUUGUGCAUCCCAUUACACUGUGGACUUGUGCAUCCCAUUACACUGUGGACUUGUGCAUCCCAUUACACUGUGGACUUGUGCAUCCCAUUACACUGUGGACUUGUGCAUCC